GUAACAUUAAUAAAUAACUGAUAAAAAAAUCGAUCGUAAAAAUAUUGAUUGCCCUCUUUUACAACACUUUAAAAAUUACCUGAAAUUCAUGUGUCUAGACUAGAAUACCCCCUUCAAAAACAUCGAUAUACUAUAGUUAGCUUUUGAAAAUUAAGAGCUCAGCUCUCGACACUGCCUUGAAAAGCAAUUCAAUGUGAAAAUAAUUUAUAUAAACAAAUAAUAUACGAGAGAUUGUAACGUACAAUUGAAAUGGGUUGGCAAGAAUUUUUCGGUACUCACGACUUCAAUAGAGGAAGUGUAAUACUGUUGGCAACUGAAUUCUUUGGCACUCUUGCCAUCGUCUUUACCAGCAUUCUUACAAUGGCACAACAAUAUGUUGAUCAGGAAGAACUGAAGAGAGCAAUAGAGACUACUUCCUGUGGUGCCUCAAUGGAACAAAUUUCGCUCGGGUUAGGCUUGGUGUUUGCCGCUGUGGCCCAGGCGCUGGGUCGUCGUAGUGUUUGUCAUUUCAAUCCCGCUGUAACUUUGGGAUACUGCGUUGUCGGUGAACUGAGCUUAAUUAUGAGUUUCUUAUUCAUGGUUGUGCAAUGCUUCGCUUCUGCUCUUGGAGUCUGUAUGGCGCUAGUUCUACUGCCGGCAAAAUUGGCAAAUAAACACUUAGGUGUACCAAAGCAUCCUCAUGUAUCGGUGUUGGGCACGAUUGUAAUUGAAAUGUUAUUGACCUUUAUAUGGGUCUUUCUGUCUCGCAGUGCAGAGAGUCACAAGCUGAUGGGCUUACGAGAUACGGCACCGCUGGCCGUUGGUGCCACAAUAAUAGCGGCUUACUUAGCUGCUUAUCGGUUGACCGGCAGCAGUAUGAAUCCCGCUCGUUCUUUUGGGCCAGCUCUGGUGUACAUGGAUUGGAAGGAUCACUGGAUUUAUUGGUUAGCUCCGUUUGCUGGUGGUGUACUGGGAGCUUUGACUUAUGAAUUCUUGUUUAAGAUUAGACCGCAUAAAGAACACAUAGAAGAGGAACAAACCAUGGAAUAAUCCUUGUUUAGAGAGAAAAGACAUAAUGUAGGUUUUUUGGACUGAAGAAUUUGAGUAUAUUUAUGUACUUAUGAAGUUGUUGAGCUAUAAUUUAUUGUUGAGCUAUAAUUUAGCAAUUUCUUAUACACCAAACUAUUAGAAAUAAUAAAAACUGUAUUCUCUCUUGGCGGCUGAGUUCA